AUGUCACAUCCGCUCGUGGCUGCGGUGUGGGAACAACUGGACCGUCAGGAUCUCGAGAAUAUUCUCCACGAAAUUAUCGGAGAGCACGCAGCAAGUCUUGCUGUGACCGCGGGACAAUAUGGCAGUGCCUCGAUGGAAUCGCUAACAGAGUCCGUGCUAUGGAUACAGACUCUCUUCAAUAGGCAACGGACAUAUCUCCAGGGCCUGGCCACCCCGCAAGACUGCCAUCCCUACUACGCGCCUUAUUUAAUUUCAUCGGAUAUCAUCUUCUCGACGCUAAUGUACCUGGCCAAGGUCAAAACGGACCUUUUCCCUUGCUCAAAGCCAACUGCUUCCGAAUUUUUGCGGUACCGACAUCUCAUAGGACACACUUUCCUCGUUGGAAUUCGGCUUCUCAUUCUGCGUGGCGAUGCUAUGACUUCAGAGACGAAAUUUAGGCUUGAGAGGGCGAUGCGGUCGGCAUGGGAGCAUCCUGACCUAUCACAGUCAGAAAGCUUCCUAAUUAACGACCUGCUCCCAAAGGCGAUUGCCAGUAUUGGAUCUCAAGAUCUAUUCUACGCUCAGCAAUCACUCCUCAACUCGAGCAAGGCGUAUAUUCCCGUUUUCUCGUCUAGAAUUUAUCCCUUUCCCGGAACACCGGACACCCUCGUGACAGACCUCUUGACUGCACUCAUGGGAAGGAAAGACGACCAACUGACAUCUUUCUGCCUCCUCUUCGACCUUCUGUGGGCAGCUGAAUCUGCCCUUAUUCAGUACUACAUGGACCGCCGUCGAAUUCCUCAAGAACAGGGAUACACCAGUGGUGCUCCAUUGGAAGUCGAUGAGGCCCUCAACCAAACUCAAGAUAACCGGAAAAAACUAGCGAGGACUAUUCUGGCGGCCUUUGACGAUGAAUUUAACACACCAUCCCUGCAAGUGCUAGCGACUGUUAUAUUGAGCCAAACUGCCGGUGAACAGGCCCCUUUACAGACCAGAAGAAUUAGGGAUUCAUGGAGCCAAAGUGCGCCGCUGCGGGAGUCCACAGAUUCGGCUCUUGGGGUGAUGGUCAGAUGGCUUAUCAACCGUAGGGUUCAAAUGUGGAAUUGCAACGGAGAAUUAGCAGCCUUCUCUCAUGACUAUCAACAGCAUUUGGCGAAUUGGCUGCAGAUAUCACCAUUCCCAGCCAAGGCUAGAAAAGGAAAUGCCAGUGCUGUGUAUGUGGUUAAUUGUCCCGCAGUGCAUCCAAUUCCCAAGGCCUUGUUAGAGGAACAACUGAGAAGCUCUGAUAGAAAAGCGUAUGAACAAUUACAGGAAAAGUCCCGGUUUCUCACAAUAGAUACACUGUGUCCAUUAUGCCCCGGAAGGGUCAAGAUACAGCACGCCCGAAUGAUCGAGCCGCUUGAGCAGGUGCCGGAUGCUCUAAAUUUUGCGAAUUCCGAAAGUAGUGGACGCUAUUCAUUCCCAAACUCGGUAUCCAGGCAAACGGCAUCCCGCUCGAGCUCAAGGACCAAUUCUACGGAUCGGUUGUCGCGUAUGGAUUCCAUUGAGGCUCUGAGAAGCCCCGUGUCAACAAUUUCACAAAGCCUAUCCUUUUUUAAACUAUCAGGCAAAGGCCACUCGCCUACCAUGUCUGAGACCACAAACACGUUCAUGACGAAUCCUAGAACGGGCCUCCCGCAAGAGAAGCAAUUGAUCAGAUCUUUAUCCAAAGAUCUCAAGACAGAGCAUUACGAGCUCCUGAUAUUCCGAAACAAAAGUGCUAUUCCUGAAGCAUACCUGACUAUCGAGACGCCCCACCCAUAUUCACCCGUUAGCUGCAUGGUCAUGUCUCGUAAUGAUCAGUAUGUGGCCUUUACCCUCAAAGACCAUGUUCGAGUCUAUGAAAUUGGCGCUUUUGGUAUCCGUCAGGUUCUGCUGGGUGGUGAAGCCGACUACUACGCUGUCGAGAAUAUCACCAGAGAAUCACAUAUCAAUAGCAAUCAUAGGGUGGAGACAACCGGUCAAGAUAAAAAUAGCACAGAGGAAGUUAUUGCCACAAGGCUGCAGUUCUCCAUCGAUGGCCGACGCUUCAUUGUCGCAACACACCUCGGGAACCAAUACGCUUAUGUGGACAUAUGGAAUUGUGUUGGACAAGAAUGGAAGCUGGAGCCAGGUGGCUCAAAAUAUUUUAAGCUCCCACCUUGGACAAAAGAUGGUGGAGAUCUUACUUGCGUUUUCUACGACAGUUUUAACGAAACUAUUGUUCUCACAGCGUUCAUCGGAAGAGAAUAUCCAAUAUCGUAUUCUCUUUCUGGUGAUAAAUUUACCAGUGACCCGGUUAGCCCCAAGAUUGUACACGCUGCCCAAUCGCCUUCAGGCUCACGCUUUGUUAUGGCAAACGGUAUGAAGCAGAUGUAUCUGUGCGACGCAACCGCUAGCGGGUCCCUCAUCCCAACGAAAAUGAAGAAGGCCAUAUCUAAAAUAAACCCUUUAGCCUUUCGGCCAGACCAAUUGGAAUUCUCAUUCCCUAGUGAAAACGAGGUGUUUGCGUUCUGGGCGAAGGAGGGUAAGCUGAUGCUCAGAACGAUCGGUUUGCACACCGGCGGCGAGGUCGUCAGCGAUUAUGACCUGCGGCCAGAAUUCGACCGACUGAUAGCCGAACGCCCACUGAUUAGUGAAUCCCACAGGCCGCGUCACCAACCAUCAUCGCUAUCACGACAGAUUGAUUCGGAUAUAGAAGGGCUUCAGCCCAUCCCUAGGCCGAAUCUCCCGGAAUUACCGGCCAUCUGA